AUGGUAGCAAAGAUCAAAAGAAUUCCAACAAAAUCCAUGAAACCUCGCCGUAGGCGAAAAUCUCCGAUCGAACAUGUGGUGACUAUCUCCUCCGCUGUCCUCUCCUCCAUCCGCGGCCGGAUCACCAAACUCUUCUCCAAAUUGACACAAAUCUCCACUCCCAAUCGUCGCCAUAAACGCUAUCGGAUCCUGAAAAAGAUACCCCACUGGAAAGAAGAACAAUUCUAUGAACAAUCCUUGAACUCUCUUCGCAUAAAUCUCUUUUCUGAUCCCUUCUUGUUACCCUCAUUGAAUUCCCCAGAUAGAAAAACCGUCUUUCUCGACCUGGACGAAACCUUAGUCCAUUCCAAGGCCAAUGCACCACCAGAACGAUUUGACUUUGUUGUGAGGCCGCAAAUCGACGGUGAGAUUAUGACUUUCUAUGUUCUGAAGCGGCCAGGAGUGGAUGACUUCUUAGAAUCAUUGGCGGCGAAGUAUGAGGUGGUGGUUUUCACGGCUGCGCUGGAAGCUUAUGCCUCGAUUGUUCUUGAUCAGAUUGACCGGAACGGACGGAUUUCUCACCGGCUUUAUCGUGAUUCGUGCAGGGAAAUAGAUGGGAAGCUUGUGAAGGACUUGUCUACGAUGGGUAGGGAUUUGAAACGGGUUGUUAUCGUUGAUGAUAACCCAAAUUCGUAUGCGAAACAGCCUAACAACGCGAUUCCCAUUCGGCCAUUUAUCGAUGAUCUUGGUGAUCAAGAGCUAUUGAAGCUGGUCAAAUUUUUUGAGGUCUCCGAUAGUUUUGAAGACAUGAGAGAUGCUGUGAAGAAAUUCAUAAGCUUUGGAGAAUUGACAUUGUGA